AUGUUGUGGUACUUGAUUGCAUAUAUAUAUGUAUAUAUGCGAACACCGUUGGACGAGAUGCUGAACAUGGGAGAAGGAAGAGGUUUGCAAGAGAGGCUGCAUUGGAUAUCUUUGUUGUUUUGCUGUUUUCCCGCUGUUUACCAUCUUUGGUUGCAAGAAGAACAAACCGGACUGCAUCAGCAAAGUAGAACAUUCUCACCCCUUUUUUUUGGUAUGAUGGGAUUUGAAAAGAAAAAGGUUUUCGCUCUCGUUUGCUUUACUAUACUUAUUUACUUUAUUUCUUCCUCAAUUAAACCGUGUGUUGGUAACGCGUUGGGCGUUUCUUUAGCGAAAUUUCUACCUCAGUCUUUAUUCUCAGCGAAGCAAAUGGCUUUUUUUUCUUCAUUUACCGUUUUUACCCACUUCUUUCCGAAUGUUCUUGACGGUUUGCACCUCUUUUUCAUUUCCUCUGUUGGUUCGUUUAGGAGCGAAGUAUAG